UUCAAAUCCAAACGAGUUCCAUUUUAGCAUCAAGACAAUGGUAACCGUUUUGUCUAAGAGAAAACCAAAAGCCCCGAAAAAGAUCGAGCCGAAAAGGGGUUGUUUUCGAUCAUGUGUGGCAUGGUUUGUGUAUCCUCUUCCAACCGCUCUCUUUUUCAUGAUUCUUAUGUUUGUUUGGUCGUCGUCGACCACUUACAUUUCGGGCAGGAUCAUGCAUGUUUGUGUCUCGUCUCGUAAGCUGACCAACCUCUAUUGUCUCUCGGCCACCACACAACCGAACGACAAGUUCCAGCUUCCGUUCACGAAUUCUAGUUCUCCUCUGGAGAACGGAAUUCCUGUUUUUGAAGAAAAACUAAAAAAGAGUUUGGCGAAUUCGGCCUUGGAUGACAAUUCGGUUAACCUUAACCGGAACCUCAAAGGCGAGUCCAAAGAAGAUGAUGAUAGUGUUGUUCGAAACCAAAGUGAUGGGAAUAAUGGGCUUGAGGCCGUCGAUGACCUCAAAGGUGAUUCUAAUGGAGUUUCCAAAAAUCCUCUAAAUGGCAGUCUUGAUGAAAUAAAGAAUGCGAGGGAAGUUGUCGAAGAGUAUCUUCGAGUCCAGAGAUCGUGGGCCGCUAAUCAAAACUGGAAUCAGAACCAAAACCAAUGUUAUGGUCGAGGAAUCUAUGUCUAUGAGUUGCCACCAAAGUUCAACAAGGAUUUGGUGGCUCAAUGUCAUGAUAUGGUUCCUUGGGUUGAUAUGUGCAACUAUUUUAGUAACAACGCGCUUGGUGAGCCCAUACCGGAGCUUGGGAACCGAUGGUUCAAGACUCAUCAGUACUCGUUGGAAUUGAUAUUCCAUUCGCGAGUUUUAAAGCACCCGUGUCGUGUUUACGAUGAAAACCAAGCAAAACUCUUUUAUGUUCCAUAUUAUGGUGGUCUAGACAUCUUGAGAUGGCAUUUCAAGAAUGUAUCUAAUGAAGUCAAGGAUACUUUGUCUUAUGAACUUGUAAAUUGGCUAGAAAUGCAAAAAUCAUGGGACAAGAAUCUAGAAAAAGAUCAUGUCUUUGUUUUGGGGAAAAUUUCUUGGGAUUUUAAGAGGAAGGAUCACACAUCAUGGGGGACUAGAUUUCUCGAGCUCGAGCUCGAGGAGAUGCAAAACCCGAUAAAGCUCAUGAUCGAACGACAACCAUGGGAGCUCAACGACAUCGGGAUCCCUCACCCAACUCACUUCCACCCACACUCAGACGACGACAUCCGUGCAUGGCAACGUAAAAUCAUCUCAUCAAACCGUCGAAGCCUCAUCAGUUUUGCAGGCGCCGCCCGUCCUGACGCUCAUGACAACAUUAGGGCUAUCUUGAUAGACCAAUGCACAUCAGCAACCGAGGAACAAUGUAAGUUCUUCGAUUGCAAAACAAAGCAAUGUGACGAGCCCAAAUCACUAAUAGGGCUAUUCACGGAGUCUGAAUUCUGUCUUCAGCUUCCAGGCGAUAGCCCUACUAGGAAGUCAGUGUUUGACUCAUUGGUGUCGGGGUGUAUCCCCGUCCUUUUUGACCCAUUUACGGCUUACUAUCAAUAUCCCUGGCAUUUGCCCGAGGAUCAUGGGAAGUAUUCGGUUUUUAUCGAUCAAGAAGAAGUGAGGAAGAUGAAGGUGAAUGUGGUGGAAAGGUUGAUGAAGGUGCCAUUGAAGGAGAGGGAUGAUAUGAGAAGAAACAUUGUAUAUGAUUUGAUGCCAAAACUAGUUUAUGGAGAUGAAGGUGCAAAGUUUGAAUUGUUUCAAGAUGCAUUCUCCAUUACAAUGAACAAUGUGAUGGAGAGGGUUAAAAGCUUGAAGCCUUGA